CGGCCUUGACGGGCCACUCUCACGGCGACCGCUCCGCUGGGAAGGCGCAGUGGAGCUGCGCUGCGUCGCCCGGGAAGGGCCGGCCAGGAGAGGCGCCCUGACAGACCAAACCCGUAAGCGCCACCAGAGAACACGGCUCCCCUCCCGAGAGGCCUUGCUGUGCGGCCACCCGCGGCACCUGACUGCCCACACUCGCCCUACCCCUCCUGGGGGUCUCCUCACACCACCUCACGACCGAUCCCCCUGGGACCUUUUACCUCCGCGUGUGUGAAAAGCACAGCCGUCCUCCUUCCUUCUGCGGGGAGGGGUGAAAACGGCCCGUUAAGCACGAGAUACAUUUACACAAUAAUAUUUCAAAUACUGACACGUACGGCAGUGUAACCGGCUUAUGUAGGGCACCAGGCUAAGAGGCCGCCGGCCGGUGGUGGACACAGGCUCCGUGUUACGGGGUAAGCAGCCCCUUUAUCCCCUCAAUGGAUGUCCGUGACCUUCCUGACAGACUCUACUUUGUGCCAGAGGCAAACAACUCUUGAAUUUAAAGUUCUGUUCCCUUGGAAACCAGAUAAAAGUGGAAUGUCAACUGUUUCAAGGCGAUGUUGCUUAGGGCACAGCCCUGCAGUGUGUCUGGCCUGCCUCCACGUGCCGGUGUUACCUUCAGUCCCUGCGUCUGUCUCUUGGGUAAGGAUCACAUCCGGAAGUUCAUUGUCAGGGUUCCCUAAGGCCCUCUUUGGGAGUACCGUGAACGAGCGGCACAGCCUACCACACCCCAGUGUCCAGGAGUCUAUGGAGAACAGAGUCCUGCUCUGGUUUGGCAGCCCUGACCCAGACUGCAUCACGGGGACCGUGAUGAGAACCUCACAGGGGUCAAGUGCAAAAGAUGUUACCAAUUAGUCACCAAGGUGGCACCAGCCAGGGUGAGAGCUGGUAGGGCCCUCAGAAGUCUCCUCAUCUGAAACCCUCAUGGCCACAUGAGCCCAAAGGGGGGAAAUGACCCACCCAAAGCCUCACAAUAAAUAGUUAGUCUAACUGGCACCUCCACGUUGGCCUUGGUGUCAGAGGACUUGGCUUCAAACGCCUGCUUUGGUGCUUCCUGGGAGGCGACCUUACAUGUCCUCAUCUAUCAAAUGAGUCUGCUGUGAAGAUUUAAAGACUGACUCUAAUUCCUGUGGAGUAGUUCAUGGGGCCUGCAGUGACACGACAGUGUCCGUUACACCUUCUCCUGCAGCCCCAGCAGAACUGAGGCUGUGUGGCGCUGGCCUGGAGUAUCUGGCCCCAGGUUGGCGCAAGCUGGGCGAGCCUGUGUCUCUCCUCACCCCAUGACGACGGUGACAAGGAUGAACCCAGCCAUGGAGGCUCUCAGAGCUGCUGACCCAACUACUGAUCUUCCUGCUUGGGCUUCGAGCAGCUUCCGCGCUCCCUGCUGUCUCGCUGCACCAGAGCACAGCCCUCUGAGGGCAGAGAACGGACUCCACACUGCUUCCCAGUGGGCAUCUGGCAGCCAGCCUACUUUUUAGGGACUGCUGGAAUCAGAAGAACUCUUGGGGAUCACCUUGUCUACACGCCUCCUUUAAGGAUGAGGAAACUAGGGCCAAGAAAGGGGAGUGUUCUGUCGACUGAUUAAAACCACACUGGCAUCUA